CGAUCGUCCUGGUCCUGUGCUCGAUCAUGAAGCCACAUACCACCCGGGCGAUCUUCGCCUUCUGCGACCAGUCGAUCCAGCUUGACUUCAGCCUGCCCCAGCGGCACCCACCCCUUCGAUCUGAAGCGGACUAUCCCACCGAUGACGACUACUCGCUGCAUCUUUCCCCGUCGGGUGCUAUCACGAUCAUCGAAGGACCGUUUCGGCCACCGGCCGAGCCACCUGUCACCCGCCACAUAACCACCUCGGUCCCGUCGCAAUGGAUUCCAAUGCUGCAGGAGGCCCUGGAGUUCAAGGAAAGGCAUCACGAGUCCCCUUUUCUGGUGCACUCACUGCUCCCAAACAGCUAUGCCCCUCGACGCUGGCUCCAGGUUAGCGAAGCCUUCGAGUAUGCCCGCUGGCCGACGCCUCGCUCUUCGCUUCUCGAUACUUGGAUUUCAUCAACCGCCGAUGGCGAAUGUCGACUUCGGAGCAUCGAUGGGCUCUGCACGCUUGGGCUCAUGCCCCAUCGACGAGCAUUCCGCAUAUCUUACCCCGUGCAAGUUCUGCUCGGCCCUUCGAGGCCCGAGUCGGCACUCGUUCUGAAGGACCAACCUGGAGACCACUGCUCCUAUGUCUGGAUCGAGCAAGUCUUUCUAGUUUCCCAGUUCCCCCCUUGCUGGCGCUAUCCACUUUGGCUGGCCCAAAACAUGUGCGGCAUCGAGACGCCGUGCCCCAUCGCCUCCCAUCUCGAGCAGCUCCCCUAUGUCGUGAUCCAUCUGCCUCGAUCCAAUUGUAAUGUCGAGGCUUCGCACUCGAACAAUGCACGCUUCAACGCCUCGCGACAUGCCAACACCAAAGGCAACCAUCCUAAAGCCAUCAGGCAUAUCACCUAUUCCGAAUUCACGCUGACGGCACUGUACCACGAGAACCAAGUGUCGAUAGAGGCCAUGCUUCAUUUUGAUGGUGCCGUUUUGGAUAUAUCCAGCGACUUUGAGUUUGCCACCCUCUUCACCAAUGACGAAGCCCGGUCCGAUCCGAACGCCAUCAAAGAAGGAACCAUGUACGCCGUUUCCAGCCGGCAUGCAUUUGAACGAGUCCGAAACUAUCGCGGUGGCAUAUGCUAUCCACUCCGAAUCAUUCUCGACAAAGGACUUUGGCUGUAUCAAUAUGCGCACCAUCAAGCCCUCUACCCCUUGCAAAAUCAUGCAGAGCGGCCACCCUCCCUCCAGCUCGGUAGAGGCCGAUACAUCGAACAUGAUACCAUCCUACAUCCAAACACCGACUCGGAUGGCUACCGCACAGACAGUACAGUUGCGCGCCAGGUCUCGGUUUGCAACAUCGGCGUCUUCGAGCUGCGGAUGAAUGAUACCUCGAUGCCACAUGCCAGUUCCAGAGAUGGUGCUCUCGUCCGUAGCCAGCACCGCAGCGAGGGGGUAUAGCAUGAGCGAGUAAAGCCUGCUCAGAUCGCAAUAUAGCCCCUCAUAUACCCCUAUACUACCCGAAACGGGACAGUAUCCUAUCUACGUUCAUUGGGUGACUUGCCUCCGCGUCUGGAUCGCUGGUGAUGAAACC